AUGUUAUCACUAAGCACAAUUGUUCCUGACACGUUUAAUGGGCUCACAAAAGGCCUUCUGGGAAAUUACGAUGGUGAUUCUUCAAAUGACUUUCAGAUGCCAAAUGGAACUAUUUUAAGUGCUAACAUUACAGAAAGAAAAGUGUUUGAAUAUGGAAAGCAAUGGGAAAUAAAUAACAACGCAUCUGCUUUCUUCUAUCCUGACGGAAAGUCGCACGAAGAUUAUCACAAUAAGACUUACAUACCAAAGUUUCUGGAUGAAGCGGAUAACGCUAGAGUAAAGGAUGCCGAAAAAGUGUGUGGUGGAUCUCAAAAUUUGGAAUGUAUCUUCGACUACGUCUUUACGGAACUUAAGGAAGUUGGUGAGAUGACGAAUGCGAUAAAAGGUUUUGUAGCCAAAAAUAAACAAAACCGAUCCUCCACGGCAGUAAACCCUCAUAUUCUCCUCUGUACGGGAUGUAACGGUCGCGGUCACUGCAGUGGAACUCCGCGGGGAAACGCGUCAGGAAACGGGCAGUUUCAGAAGUACACAUGUGUAUGUGAUACUGGUUACGAAGAUAUCAACGAAUGCGACGAGGCUUUACACAACUGUACGCACAAGUGCAACAACUUUGAUGGAGGAUUUAACUGCUCUUGCCCACAAGGCUACAACCUUAACCAAGCGGCCUGGACAUGCAUUAAAAGUGGGUGA